GGACAGCUGGGGACGGAGGGAGCAAGGCGAGGGAGACAGGAGAGUGUUGGUGUAGGAGGCGGCGUGACACUCCUAAAAAUAACCUCCCAACUCCCGGAGCUUUAAGGUGGAGAGGCAAGGCGUCUCCCUUCAUUCCCCUGCAGGACUCCGCCACGCCACGCCGCCGCCCACAGAUUUUGAGCUAACGCUGACAAUGUGUGACGACGGAGCCAGCGGUCUGGUGGUCGACAAUGGCUCCGGGAUGGUCAAGGCUGGCUUCGCCGGCGACGACGCUCCCAGGGCCGUCUUCCCCUCCAUCGUUGGCCGCCCGCGUCACCAUGGAGUGAUGGUAGGCAUGGGGCAAAAGGACGCUUAUAUUGGAGAUGAGGCCCAAAGUAAGCGAGGCAUCCUGACUCUCAAGUACCCCAUUGAGCAUGGCAUUGUAACAAACUGGGACGACAUGGAGAAGAUCUGGCACCACACCUUCUACAAUGAACUUCGUGUCGCACCUGAGGAGUCUCCCGUCCUCCUCACUGAGGCUCCUUUGAACCCAAAAGCCAACCGUGAGAAGAUGACCCAGAUUAUGUUUGAAACUUUUGCUACCCCCGCCAUGUACGUAGCCAUUCAGGCCGUGCUGUCCCUGUACGCCUCUGGCCGUACCACUGGUAUUGUGCUGGACUCUGGCGACGGCGUCACCCAUACUGUGCCCAUCUACGAAGGUUAUGCUCUCCCUCACGCCAUCAUGCGUCUGGACCUGGCUGGCCGCGACCUGACUGAUUACCUCAUGAAAAUUCUCACUGAACGAGGCUACUCCUUCACCACCACCGCAGAACGUGAGAUCGUUCGUGAUAUGAAAGAAAAACUUGGUUACGUCUCGCUAGAGUUCGAGAACGAGAUGUCGACAGCUUCACCAUCAUCAGACAAGUCCUAUGAGCUACCUGACGGGCAAGUGAUCGACAUUGGGAACGAGCGUUUCAGGUGUCCCGAGUCGCUCUUUCAACCCUCGCUGCUCGGGAUGGAGGCGGAUGGCAUCCACGACACCGUGUACAACUCAAUCAUGAAGUGUGAUGUUGACAUCAGGAAGGAUUUAUAUGCCAACAUUGUCAUGUCUGGCGGCUCCACCAUGUACCCGGGAAUGUCUGACAGGCUGCAGAAGGAACUAACUUACCUAGCUCCUGCCACCAUCAAAAUCAAGAUUAUCUCUCCACCUGAACGCAAGUACUCAGUGUGGAUCGGUGGCUCCAUCUUGGCCUCCCUUUCAACCUUCCAGGCUAUGUGGAUCACCAAGGAAGAGUACGAAGAGUCAGGACCUGCAAUAGUCCACCGAAAGUGUUUCUAGUCAGAGAGGUACACAGUCUUCACUAAUUCGUUGGGACCAAAACAUUAUCUCAUUUCUGUAUUCAUGUUCAUCAGUGUAUACCAGUUAAGAAUGUAAGAAUAUUUAUAUUAAUAAAAAAAUAAAAGUAG